GAAAUGUGCUGACGUGGUGGUGGGCGGAGCCUCGGCUUAGCUUGUCGAAGUCAGCCUUCAACUUCACCGGUGAACGUCGUCGCUUCCACGGCCGAAACCGAGCUGAGGUCAGCGGGACAGACGCUGGAGGGAGCAGCGGCCCACAGGUGCGCUAACUGGCCCGACGGAGAGCGUUACGACUUCCUGUCAGAACCGAGCCGGAGCGAGGUGAGCCUGGGGAGCGUCAUGGGGAAGAGAAGGGUUCCGGACCUGUACAGGUCUCCGUUUCCACUGUACGCCGUCAGAGUGGACCCGUCCACGGGGCUGCUGAUCACAGCUGGAGGAGGAGGAGCCUCCAAGACGGGGAUCAAGAACGCCGUGCAUUUCCUGGACCUACAGCUGGAGGGGGAUCAGCAGUAUAGCGCCACGCUGCUUCACGCUCAUGAUACGGACACGCGAGCCACCAUGAACAUGGCUGUGGGCGACGGUGUGCUUGCUGCCGGGCAGGACGGGACCUGCUGCCUCCUGACCUUCAAAGUCUGCUCUCCGAAGCAGAGAGGAGCUGCUCAGAGUGAAGGAAACGACUCGCAGAAAGGAAGUGUCCGGCAGCGAGAUGUGAAGCGGCGCGCAGGUGAGGAGGCGGAGCCUGGAGGGCGUGGCUCAGACACGAGAGCAGAGACCCCGAACAUCGUUGUGACCCACCUGGCUGAUGUGCAGUCGGACCUGAACCCCCAGGAGCCGCUCCAGAAGGUGGUCCGGUUCAGUCCUGACAAGAGUCUGCUCCUGACUGGAGGCACCGAUGGACAUGUCCGUGUGUGGGAGUUCCCGUCUCUGAAGAAGAAGCUGGACUUCAAAGCGCACGAAGGCGAGAUUGAAGACUUGGAUCUGAGUCCUGGGAAUAAGCAUCUUGUGACUGUGGGCCGGGACUUUGCGUGCAGCGUGUGGAGUGGUAACCAGAUGGCUGCAGCUCUGAACUGGGAGGAAACCACGCCCCAAGUGGCUCCAAAGUCUCACAGAUAUUUGGCUUGCAGGUUUGGGAGGGUGGAGGACCAGAAGGAUGCUCUGAGGCUUUACACAGUCCAGAUCCCUCACAAACGAAGCCGGAAACCUGCAGCCUGUUACCUCACCAAGUGGGACAGCAAAAGCUUCCUGCCCAUGCUGACGUCUGCCUGCGGCGUGGAGGUCUUCUCCUGUCUGACCGUCAGCGACUCCGGGACGUUUCUGGGUCUUGGGACGGUGACAGGAUCUGUGGCGAUCUACAUCGCCUUCUCCCUACAGAGGCUGUAUUAUGUCCAGGAAUCCCACGGCAUCGUGGUGACGGAUCUGGUCUUCCUGCCCAACACCCUGAAGGGCAGGAGCAUCAAGGGCACCAACGAAGCCGUCAUGCUGAGCGUGGCUGUAGACAGUCGCUGUCAGGUGCACGCUGUUGCCCGCCGCAGAGAUUUCCCCGUCUGGCUGCUCCUCUUCCUCUGCGGGCUGCUGGUGGUGGCAGCCGUCCUCCUCCUGCAGCACCUCUUUCCUGGGCUGCUUUAGGCGGAUGCUGACGCUGGCGGGGUUUGGACUUUGCCGUCAGGUGCAGCUCUGCUAGACGUCCUGAUCUGCUCAGUGGUCUCAGGGCAGGAGCGUUGGUGAUUUGACCUGUCUGGCCCUAAAGGUCACUGCAGGCUCGACCUUGAUGUUCCCCACAGAAAAAUACAUGUUUGUACAAACGUGGAGCAGGAGGUUUACACAACUGUUUGUAAAACCACACAACCGAACGGCUGCCCGCUCUCCUCUGACUUGUCUGAAUGAAGCAGCAUUAAUGUUUGUGGUCGGGAAGCAGAAAAAACUGAAUGAGACUAAAAGCUCUAAAUCCUCCUGAUUUUAUGAAUUUUAACUUUCAAAUUCGUUUUCUACUGAGAAGAUGCAUAAAGGUGGUGACGGCACAGGUCUCUGAGAAAGGUGUUCGGGGUUCUAGCAACACGAAAACGGUGUCUAUGGUGUCGUUACGGAAUGAUGGGAUGCGGCUUUAGCAGAAAUGUCAGCUCUUCAGGGCCUCUCCUAGUCUGAGACCAAGAGAUGCCAGAAGAUGACGCUUCCCUUCAGCAGAUGUUUGUCUCUAAAUCCUCGAACUCCUGAAAGAUGGUUUCUGUUCACACGCUCAGAAUUGAUGUGAGGAUCGCUGCGGCGACCCCGAAGGGAUGUGGCGAAAGGUGAACAUCAAUCCUGCUGAGCCGAGGAGAAAAGCUUCAGUUAGAGCCUGAGUGACAGCAGCUGUUUCCAUCACACGCAGAAAACCUCACCAUAAUUCUACAAAUGUUUAAAAAACACAAUUACACUGUUUCCAUUAAAUUAUCAUUAUGUGAAUAAACACGAACCGACUCACGCGAUAAGUCAUUCGGAUGUGAUCAAUACUUUGACAGCAGAUACAUUCAGAUUUCUGUAUUUUCUAGCGCUCAUCUAUCAUCUAACAAAGGAGACGUCUGCUGUGGAUCCAACAUUUCCACACGACACGCUCAACGUCUGAUGAGCUGUGUAGCUGCAGGACCUCUGGUGGCGGCUGCUGUUCAAUAAGCGCAACGCCAUCCGCCAUCAUUACAGUUUUGAAUUUCGACAUGUCUCAAAAGCAUCUCCUCCAAGCGUGAGAACUUUUUUCCCCCCCGAUAAAUGCCAUUUUUUUUUCCGAAAUAGUCGUGUUUCCAUGAGGCGGAUGCCUCAUCGCAAAUCCAAUCUGCACAAUUCCGUGGUCGGUGGAAAGGCAGUUAAUAGUGAUGAUGAUGAUGAUGAUGAUGUGGCACUUUGACCACAGGUCAGCUCUCAGUGAAGAAAGAACGAUCAUUUGGAAAUAAAAAUGCAUCCAGAGAAUAAUUCAUUGUAACAAAUAAAAGGUAAGAAAUGG